UCAGAAACAUAGAUUUUUUAAUGCCGAAAUUGCGGGAACGAGUAAAAUACCAAAACAUUGUAUUAUUUAUCAUUUGCCACGCUUUAUUGAACAAUUUAAUUAUAAAGAAAGUGUACUAAGCUUAGGUCAGACAGUGACUAGUAGUUCAAUAAAAUAUUUAAGGCUAAAAUUGCUUUGGAAAGAAUUGUUUUAAUCUACGAAAAAGGGAUACCAAUCACCCCAAUCACCAUGAAUUCUGACAAUGAAGGAUCCGAAACAACUGAACUUCUAAUGGGAGUUCUCAGAGAAUUGAAAGAUAUUAAGGAAAUGAUUACAAAUAACACAAAACAGCUGUAUGAUCUACAAACAACAGUUGAUGCUCUGACAAAUAAUUUUUCCAAUGAUGACCGAACAUUUCCCAUCACAUCCAUCGAAGAUCUCGAAGAAGUAGAAGAGAUGAUGAAAGAUUCAGAUGGUCGAGAAUAUCUAACCAUACAAUUGAGGAGAGUACUACAGCCAAGAGAUAUCAGAUGGCUCGAAUCUAUCAUGACUGAAGAAUUGCUCGAUGACUUCAAUUCGACCGGACAGCAUGGAAAGAGGAAUUUAAUGCAACUAGAAAUCAUUAGGUUCGCUCUGCAAUAUUUGAGAAUGGACAAAGCCAAAUUAGCAUUGAGUUUGAGGCAAACAAAAGACAGAGUGAAAAAGAGGAAACGCCGUUUGGAGACUACAACGAGAAAGGACGAUUCGGAUCAACGGGAUGAACCAGAGGAAAAGUUUAUGACACAUCCAUCAGAUGAUACACUGUAAUCACUUCAUUGUGAAUUUUGUUUUUUUGGUUUUUUUCUUCAAUAAAAUGUAAAAGGACUUAAAA